UUCCACUAACGUGCCAUUGGAUCGGCGUAAGAAGGACCCGCCUUAUAUACAGGAAGAACACACACUGUUUCCAGAUGGCGGUGUCUGGCAAAGUGGCGACUCUGCGGCUUCCCCCUCUCCCUACAAUAGGGGAGAUCAUCAAGUUGUACAACCUCAGAGCUGAGAAGCAGCUGUCUCAGAACUUCCUCCUGGACAUGAGACUUACAGAUAAGAUCGUGCGGCAGGCGGGCAGCCUGAAGAACGCCCACGUGUGUGAGGUGGGGCCCGGCCCCGGGGGACUGACGCGCUCCAUCCUGAACGCAGGAGCUGCAGAUCUGCUGGUGGUGGAGAAGGACCCCCGCUUCAUGCCCAGCUUACAGCUCCUGGCGGAGGCGGCCCCUGGCAGGGUCAGGGUAGUUCAGGGCGACAUCCUCACCUACAAGAUGGAGCGCGGCUUCACGCCUGACAUCGCAAAGAAAUGGGAGGACGAGCCUCCUAACCUGCAUGUGAUUGGCAACCUGCCGUUCAGCGUGUCCACGCCACUCAUCAUCAAGUGGUUAGAGUGCAUCUCAUCCCAAAGUGGACCCUUCGCAUUCGGCCGCACACAACUCACCCUCACCUUCCAGAAAGAGGUGGCCGAGAGGCUGAUAGCGAGUACAGGCAGCAAGCAGAGGAGCAGGUUGUCAGUCAUGGCUCAGACCUACUGCAGUGUCAAGAGCUGCUUCACCAUCCCGGGCAAGGCCUUCGUCCCCAAGCCUGAGGUGGACGUGGGGGUGGUGCACUUCACUCCCCUGGCUCAGGCCCAGAUCCAGCAGCCCUUCAAUCUGGUGGAGAAGCUCGUCAAGAACGCCUUCCAGUUCCGCCGAAAACACUGCUUCCGAGGGCUUGCGAUGUUGUUCCCUGAGCCCGACCGCUCCGACCUAACCCAUGAGCUGCUGCGGCUGUCCCGCGUGGAGCCCACGCUGCGCCCCACCGAGCUCACCAUCCCCCACUUCCGCUCGCUGGCCAACGCCUACGGCCGCCUCUGCUCCCAGAACCCCCAGCUGGUCUCCUACGACUUCAGGGAGGAGCUUCGGCUCAAGAACCUGAACCGCAAAGGACAACCAGGUGGCAGUGGUGGUGGUGGUGGUGGUGGAGGUGAUGGAGAUGGAGAUGGUGGGGAUGAUAAGAAUCACCAGCGACGUCAUAAGAAGAACAAGGAACAAGGAUCUGAGGAGGAGUACUAAAAGCCCCUGAAACAAAAAAAGGGGGAAAUAGGUGGUGGCCGGUAGUGGUAAUGGUGAUGGUUGGGGACGAGCAUCGUGGCCAUUGACGUCAUAAGAACAACGGACAAACAGCCACUACUGAAUUGGAGGGGUAUUAGAAGGUGAGGGAAGGGGGCUAGUGGUGGCAGUGGUGAGGAAUGAAAGUCCCAUUGUCCAAUGAAGUGAACUCGUACACCUCCAGGUGCACUAUUACCUGAUCCAGAACAUUUUCAAAAUAAAAGUCUGUGAGCUGCUAAACAAAAUGCAUUUAAACUAAAGACUUACCAAUGAGCAUAGCCAUUAACAUCAUACAAAGAGCUAACAGCCAUCACUGAGUUGAUGGAGCAGAAUUAGUAGCCCACACAAUUGAAGCAGGUGGCAGGGGAGAUGAGGCAGUGGUGAUGAGCAUUUGUUUGAUCUAUGUAUCUCAUGUUUAACCAAGGAGGUCCCACUGAGAUACAAUGGAUAUUUCUCAAAGUGAAGUGUCCUAGCCUUGAUAGGACGAGUACAGCCCAUUUUUCGCAGAUUUCACCAAAGAAGAGUGUCCCAUAAGUAGAACUUCUAAGUGUAGUUAAUAAUUAGUUACACCAGGCACAAAUUGGCAUUACUCACACUUGCUAGGCUAGGACACUUAACAUUGUGAAAUGCCCAGUAUCUCUUCUUUCAAAGAGUCCUGGCCAAGAUGGCUGUUUUAAAAGUUUACAGCAUAGCCAUCAACGUCAUAAGAAGAAGAAGGCACAAAGAGCCGCCACGUGAGUUAGAGGAGGAGUAUUAGAGGUACGGUAGGAGAGGGGGGAGGAACAUUAACGGGUUGAGAGAGGAGGAGAUGAGCUGGAAUGAGAUGAGAUGAGAUGAAAGGAGGUAUGUGACAAGGAGGAAGAAAAAGAGAGGGAGAAGGAAAGAGGAAGACAACAGACUGCUCUUAGCGCUGACAUGCCCACCAGGCAGGCAAAUGGCAUGAAUUUUUCAACGCUGGGUUGGGUGGAACGUUCCUCCACUCCAGAAAGACUGUGACGAUAGUAUGGAGCAAGCCCCUGCUUUUUUAUAUAUAUAUAUAUAUAGACUCGGACACA